CGGGGCUCCCGGGGUCCCAGCCCUGCGGCCCUGUCUGCGGCCCCGGCUGGCUGGCGUGAGGGCCCGGUCCGGCUCUUCCUCGGCCUCCGAGGACCCGAGCAGAUAAAACUCCCCGACGCCUUGAAACGCACAGCUUUCAACUGAAGGAGUUAUUUGAUACUUAUCGAAAUAAAGUGAACCUUAGGUCUUCUAAAGGCCAUGGUGAAAGAAAAGAAAAAAGCGGAUAAAAAGGGGGACAAGUCUGCCCGUUCUCCCUCGUCUCCCUCCGAUUAUUCAGAGUUUGCCAAACAAGAUGGCAACACCGCAAGGCAAGACGCGUCCCCGAGCACCGCGCCGCCACUGGACGUGCCGCUCAAGGACCCGGGAGUCAAGAGAGAGGUCAAAAGCGACAGUCUGCCGAGUGAAGAUACCACCCAGUAUGAAGAGCCCGUUCUGACCAAACUCAUAGUAGAAAGCUAUGAAGGGGAAAAAGUCCGUGGACUGUAUGAGGGAGAAGGGUUUGCCAUCUUCCAAGGAGGCUGUACCUACCAGGGCAUGUUCUCCGAAGGACUCAUGCACGGACAGGGGACUUACAUCUGGGCUGAUGGAUUGAAAUACGAGGGCGACUUUGUGAAGAACAUCCCCAUGAACCACGGCGUCUUCACGUGGCCAGAUGGCAGCACCUAUGAAGGAGAAGUGGUCAACGGCAAGAGGCACGGAUUCGGCAUGUUCAAGUGCAGCACGCAGCCCGUGUCCUACAUCGGCCACUGGUGCCACGGCAAGAGGCAUGGAAAGGGCUCCAUUUAUUAUAAUCAAGAGGGCACCUCUUGGUAUGAAGGAGACUGGAUACACAACGUCAGAGAGGGCUGGGGGAUCAGAUGUUACAAGUCCGGGAACAUAUACGAGGGUCAGUGGGAGAACAACAUGCGCCACGGGGAAGGCAGGAUGAGGUGGCUGACGACUAACGAGGAGUACACCGGGCAGUGGGAGCACGGCGUCCAGAAUGGCCUUGGCACACACACAUGGUUUCUAAAGAGAAUCCCCUACUCCCAGUAUCCUUUGAGAAAUGAAUAUGUAGGAGACUUUGUGAACGGAUACCGCCAUGGCCAUGGAAAGUUCUACUAUGCCAGCGGGGCCACGUACGAGGGAGAAUGGGUCUCCAAUAAAAAACACGGCAUAGGCCGACUAACCUUCAAGAAUGGGCGUGUGUAUGAUGGCCCAUUUUCCAAGGAUCACAUAGCGCAGUUUCCGAAUCUGGAAGGGGAAGUGAUGAGCUACCUGGACUCGACUUCAGAAUCUGCCCUCGGGAGCCAGUGGUGCAAGCUCUCUAUCAGUGCCGAAAUCAUGAGAAAGCUUGAUGGCAAUGAAAGUAAUUCCCUGUUAGGCUCGAGCCUGGAGCUGGAUCUCAGUUUAUUGCUGAAAAUGUACCCUGAGAGAGACCAGUCAGAAGAAAAGAAGCAGGUAGAAUAUGCUAUCUUAAGAAACAUUACGGAAUUAAGAAGAAUCUACAACUUCUAUAGCAGCCUGGGCUGUGACCGUUCCCUGGAUAAUACCUUUCUGAUGACAAAACUUCACUUCUGGAGGUUUCUCAAAGACUGCAAGUUCCAUCACCAUAACAUAACCCUUGCUGAUAUGGACAGGGUGCUCGGUGCCAAUAACGACAUACCAGCGGAAGAAAUUCACUCUCCAUUUACAACACUACUUUUGAGGACAUUUUUGAAUUACCUCCUGCAGCUGGCUUACCACAUUCAUCACAAAGAAUACCAAGACCGAAGCCCAUCGCUCUUUCUGUGUUUUAAAAAACUGAUGAAUGAGAACAUUCUCCCCAAUGCCUGCCGUGUAAAAGGCCAUUUAUUCUGUGAGGCCCAGCGGACCCUCUAUUCAAUGACUUACGUGGACAAGUGCUGGGAGAUCUACACAGCGCACUGCAGACCAAACGCGGCCCCUCCCCACGAGCUCACCAUGAACAUGAGACACUUCCUCUGGAUGUUGAGGAGCUUUAAGAUGAUAAAUAAAGAAUUGACAGCAACCAAGUUUGUGGAGGUCAUAGCAGAGGAUAAUCCUUCCAUGUAUGAUGGAAUCGACAGUAACUUUGAACUUGAGCUGGUUUUCCUGGAGUUCUUUGAAGCUCUAUUGAGCUUCGCCCUCAUCUCUGUUCCUGAGCCAGCAACUAAAUUCUGUUCAGAUUUCCCAAACGAUGACCUGUCUGUUAACAAAGCUGGAAGCACUUACCCAAUGACAGCUCAGAACACCCAGAACAGGAGUCCAAGCGCACUAACAAGCCAGGAGUCCGACAUUCAGUUCAGCAGCACCAAGUCAUCUUCAAGCAAGUUGGGAGUCCUGCUGGACAUGAGCAAGAUAAGGAAGUCAGAGCCCCAAAUCAAGAAAUCUCUAAGUGACGGAAGAAUUUCCAAAGUGAAUUUUAAAUCUGCAGGAAAAGGGCUGACCUUCCUUUUAUCUCAAAAUGCACAUAAACAUGAAGAAACAGUCAAGGAGAAAAUAAAGGAAAAUAGGCUAUAUAACGAAGCAAUGGCCCUUCAGAGGAAGAUGGAAAACGAGGAGCUGGAAGCAAGGCUAAACAGCUUGAGAGAGGAAGAGGCCAAAAGACAAGACUAUGAGGUGGACAUCACCGUGAUCAAGGAACCGGUGGACGCCCCCUCCUCGAAUUUCACACCGAGCCCCCCAAAAGAGGACACAGUGGUGUCCAGCAAGUCCAUGACAAGCAAGAAAAAGAAAAAGUAGACGUCACUGUGUUUGUAAACGAGCCACAAGGACAGGCAGGUGUGAAAGGAGGACACCUUGUCUAAGUGAAAACUGGGGUUUGGGCCCACUGGGUUGAGGGUUUCUUAUGUGGGUGGGCCACCGAAAGGCCUAUGUUUUGACAGCUGAGCUGAAUGAAAAUACACACAUGGGGUA